AUGGCGGCGGGCGCCGGGGCCAGGCCGGCGCCGCGCUGGCUGAAGGCGCUGACCGAGCCGCUGAGCGCGGCGCAGCUGCGGCGGCUGGAGGAGCACCGCUACAGCGCGGCGGGCGUCUCGCUGCUCGAGCCGCCGCUGCAGCUCUACUGGACCUGGCUGCUCCAGUGGAUCCCGCUGUGGAUGGCCCCCAACUCCAUCACCCUCCUGGGCCUCGCCAUCAACAUGCUCACCACGCUCGUGCUCAUCUCCUACUGCCCCACGGUCACCGAGGAGGCACCAUACUGGACAUACCUUUUAUGUGCAUUAGGACUCUUCAUCUACCAGUCACUGGAUGCUAUUGAUGGGAAACAAGCCAGAAGAACAAAUUCUUGUUCUCCUUUAGGGGAACUUUUUGACCAUGGUUGCGACUCUCUUUCCACAGUUUUUAUGGCAGUUGGAGCUUCAAUUGCUGUUCGCUUAGGAACUCAUCCUGACUGGUUGUUUUUCUGCUCUUUUAUUGGGAUGUUCAUGUUUUAUUGUGCUCACUGGCAGACUUAUGUUUCAGGCAUGUUGAGGUUUGGAAAAGUGGAUGUAACUGAAAUUCAGAUAGCUUUAGUGAUCAUCUUUGUGUUGUCUACAUUUGGAGGAGCAACAAUGUGGGACUAUCCGAUACCCAUCCUAGAAAUAAAAUUGAAGAUCUUACCAGUUCUUGGAGUAGUAGGUGGAGCAAUAUUUUCCUGUUCAAAUUAUUUCCAUGUUAUCCUCCAUGGUGGUGUUGGCAAGAAUGGAUCCACUAUAGCAGGUACCAGUGUCUUAUCACCUGGACUUCACAUAGGAAUAAUUAUUAUACUGGCAAUAAUGAUUUAUAAAAAGUCAGCAACUAAUUUGUUUGAAAAGCAUCCUUGUCUUUAUACCCUAAUGUUUGGAUGUGUCUUUGCUAAAGUCUCACAGAAAUUGGUGAUAGCUCACAUGACCAAAAGUGAACUGUAUCUUCAAGACACUGUCUUUAUUGGCCCAGGUCUUUUAUUUUUAGACCAGUACUUUAAUAAUUUUGUAGACGAAUAUAUUGUUCUAUGGAUAGCAAUGGUCAUUUCUUCACUCGAUAUGAUGAGGUACUUUAGUGCUUUGUGCCUGCAAAUUUCAAGACACCUUCAUCUAAGUAUCUUCAAGACUUCAUGUCAUCAAGCACCUGAACAGGUUCACAAGCAUAUUGACUAA